CUGUAGUCCGGCCGUAUCCCAGCAUCCACCGCGCGCCUGGUUGGGAAGAGCCGAACCGCGUCCGCGGAGCGAGGAGUCCGGGGAAACGUGUGCGGCCCGGGGGCCAUACCUGCGAGUUGAUUUUGGUAAAGUUUGGAAGGAAUAAUGCAGGAGUGUCAGAGAGGCCGGGCACGGCUGUUGGGAAUUCAGAAUGCUUCCUUGAGGAGCCCUCGAUCGUACCCAGACAUCAUGUCUCCUGGUGGAGCUGUGCUUUAUGGGAGACCUCACAGCUCUAAUGAAAAUUCCAAAGAGAAAGUAGAAACUAAGAUAAGUCCAAAACGGGUCUCCCCUGGAAAAGAUUCAAACACAAGCCAUCAGCAGGACAGCAGAACCCUUCCUCUGAAGCCAAUCCGAUUGCAGACACCUCUUAAUAACAUAGUGUCUGUGGACUACGAUCCAGCUCUCUUCCAGAUGUUGAAGCCACUGUCUCUUUCCAAAACGUGCCACUUCUGUGGAUUACACGGCGCUAGAAGAUGUUCUCAGUGCAGAAUAACCUACUAUUGCUCAGUGGAGUGUCAGAAGAAAGACUGGACCGCACAUUCUGUUAUUUGCAAGCCUUCUGAUAUAAAAGAUCAGGCUUUUUGCAGAUCUGUGAAUGACAAGACAUCUCCCAAGGUGGAAUCACCAGCCGUUCAUUCCUUUCAGGAAAGGAAAGUAACAUUCUCCGAUUUAAGAAAAUCCGAAAUACAGGAAGAGGCGCAAUUUGAGGGACUUGUUGUGGAAUUUUCAAACCCAUGUCAUUUUUAUGUUCAAAUCUACAACACGAAAUCAGUGGAAUCUCUGCUCAAGAUGUCAACGGCAUUAAAUGACCUCUACAGAAACCCACAGAACAUCCAGAAUGGCUAUACCCCAGCCAUCGGGGAGGUCUGUGUCGCUAAAUACUCCCAGGAUCAGCAUUGGUAUAGAGUGUUUGUGCAGGACACAGAAGUCGUCUUGAAGACUGCGCAAGUCCUUUAUAUUGACUAUGGGAAUCAGGAGACCGUGUCAUUCAGUGAUCUACAGCAGAUGCAUAAAGACCUGGAACUACUUCCACCAGCCGCAAUUCAAUGUUCUUUAGCGAACCUCUCUGCUCCGUCUUGUGGGUGGACCCCCGAAUGCCUCUUAGAUAUCAGAAAACUGCUCCUGGGAAAACCACUCGCCAUCACAAUUAUCUCUCGUAGGGCACAAGAGGAAAUGCCAUCUUACGGGGUCGAUAUUUUCUUACCAUCAGGAGUGAAUAUGGCCAAACUGCUUGUAGAGAAAGGAUAUGCGUUUACCGAAAAAGGAAAAAGUCCCAUCCGAAAUCACAAUCCCCCACAGGAGCUUCCACACCUGGAGAAAGCCAAAGAACUCCUUGAUGGGAAGAGUGAGAAUCCCAGCAAUGAAUCACAGCCACAGACCCAGACACUGAAAAUGAUUGCUGUGGCUGUAGGAAAUGUUUUCAAUGCUGCCAUCACAGAUAUUCAGAGUCCAGACGAUUUUUUCUGUCAGCAGCUGCAGAAUGCAAAAGAUCUUGCCGAGCUCAUGGACAGCAUGAGCAAACAUUACAAAGUAAUGCCGGCCAGUCCUAGUUUUGUCCCAGCUGUGGGGGAUAUGUGCAGCGCACAGUUUACAGAGGAUGACCGCUGGUACCGAGCUAGCAUUCUAAAGUACACCUCACAGGAUUCUGUGCUUGUUGGCUACGUAGAUUAUGGAAAUGUGGAGAUCUUGCCUGUCUCCAGACUCCGACCCAUUCUCCCCAGUAUGAUGAUGUUACCUUUACAAGCCAUAAAGUGCAGUUUAGCAGGUGUUAAACCUCCCUCUGAAACGUGGUCUAAAGAGGCUACAGCUGCCAUGAUGACGCUAGUUGCCAACAAGAUCAUCACGGUUAAAGUGGUAGCACAGUCGGAGUUCUCCUUGAUUGUGGAUCUUAUAGAUGUGUCCGUGAAUCCUGAGCUUCUAAUCUCAAAUUACCUGAUUAAGGCUGGCAUGGCAGUGGAAAAAGAGACCACGAGUGCCAAAUCUCACAGUUUAGAAGACAGCAAGCCUAACGCGGUAGAUUCACUGCCAUUGGAAUGGAUUGAGCUUCCUAUUGGACGUCCUGUUGAAGUUGCAGUUUGUGUGUUGCUAAGCCCAGGAGAAUUCUACUGCCAGCUCUGCAGUGAGAAAGAUUUAUCGUCACUCAGAGAAGUGAACAGGUUGCUGAGUCAAUAUUGUUUGAAGCAUAAAUCCAAGGAUUAUAAUCCAAAGCAGGGGGAGCUGUGUUGCUCCUUUUUCUCUGGUGAUAAAAAUUGGUACCGGGCACAGGUGAUCAAGCUUAUCGAGACUGAGAAGGCAAAAGUAAACUUUUUGGAUUAUGGGAACGUAGAGGAAGUAGCUGUUGAUAAACUCUGCAAAAUGCCCUCACAAUUUUUGGAACUUCCUUUUCAAGCAGUUAAAUGCAGUUUGGCUGGUGUAAAGCCUAUAGGAAAGAACUGGAGGCGAGAAUCAUGUGAGAAGUUUCAGAUGUGUGUAGCUGGCCUUAAGCUUCAGGCUAAAGCGGUUAGUAAGCAUGAAGAUGGCUACUCUGUGGAACUUGUGGAUACAAAGAGCAGUAAGCUUAUCAGCAAUGUCCUUAUUGCGGAGGGAGCAGCCAUUUCUGAUGACGACAGGGAAAACAGAAUGUCAAGCGGCGACUCUAAAUCCGUACAUAAAAUAAGUGUGCCAGACACCUCACCCAGGAAGAUUACAUCAAAUAGAUAUUCUGCAAAUGGGGAAGCUCCUGCAGUUACAGAUCCAUCCGGUAGCAGCAUUUUGCCCGUCACAAAACAAACGUCUCCAGUUGAACCGGUGAAGGAUUUGUCCAAAGAAUCUUCCGUAGUGAAUAAAAUGACCCUUAAUCAACGGCAGGAAGAUGCCUGUGAUAACCGGCAGUGGAAAUCUAUAGAUUUGCCGCUAAAUGAAGCAUUACAAGCUUGCGUGAUUAGUGUGAUCAGUCCGGACCUGUUUUUCAUUUUCCCUAAAGAAAUCAAAGCUGAUGAGACGAGAGUUCAAAGGCUUCAGCGAGUGUUGAUAGACAUUGCUGGCUACUGUAACGCAGAGCGAAGUGGUGGGAGAUUUACACCAUCUGUUGGUGAAAUGUGCUGUGCCCAGUUCACAGCUGAUGGGCAGUUUUACAGAGCACUUGUAUUGGACACCUCUGAAUGUGCUGCUAAAGUCAUAUACGUAGACUAUGGAAACAUUGAAACCCUGCCUUUCUCAUCCCUCCAUCCGAUAAGAGAGAGUUCGCUGGUGCUCCCUGUGCAGAUUGUAAAGUGCAGCCUUGCAGGAGUGACACCGGUUUCAGAAAAGUGGUCUGCGGAGUGUAUUGAGCUGUUAAACUCGCUAAUUCUGCAGAAAGCGGUUACCUUAACAGUUUUGGGUGUGAAUGGGGGCAUCUAUGCCGUGUCCCUGGAACAGCUGCACUCCACGGGGCUUUUAAACAUUGCUGAAAAGUUGGUCAGUGAAGGAGUGGCCCAGAGCACAACUCCCCCAUCUAAGGGUGCAUGUAAAGGUCCUGAAUGCUGCUGCCAUGACAUCCUAAAAAGAGUUGAAAAGUUGGAAGAGAUCAUCCAGCAACUCCUAAAACGGGAAAGCAUCAAGUGACACUGAGACUUGUAAAACCUCCAUCAAUCAAUGCUCUUACAUUCAUUAAACCUAGGAAGGCCUUUUGCUUUUAUUGAUGGAAAGGUUAUAGUAACCUUGCUCUCAUGUGACGAAAACACCUCCACUGUUGCCUUUUUUUUUUUUUUUUCA